ACUUCAUUGAACAGUGAUACCGACCUCUGCUCGAGCACAGGAACUCGACUCUCCUCUAUCCACCAUGUCGUCCUCUUCCUUCAUGGUACUCCGAGCGAGCUCUUCCCGUCGAAGUAUAAGCUCCCUCGUCCAUAUCGAUGCAGGAGGACGACGACCCAGCCAUCGUCCAAAAGAUCGUUUUCAAAUUGAACCUGUCCCUACCUCCAUCACCUGUUCGCGAUCCUUUACUUCUUCAGCAUUCCGUCAUGCUUCUACCACGACAGAGAGUGCAGGCUCUAAGGGAACUACCAAGCAAUCGGCGUUCCAAGAGAGGAUGGCGAAACAGGAAAUGACGAUGCAGCAAUUUUCUCAGAAGAAGAGAAUUCAGGCUGAACUUCAUCGAAGGCAUGCCGGAUUAUCUUUUCCUCUAUUCAAUGAUCUCACGUACGCUCCCCUGACUCUGGACAUGAUCUUGAAAGGUCUGACGACACCUGGAAACCUCUGGAGACAUCUUCGUCACAGAUGGAUGCGUGACGAUAUAACGAUGAAUAUGGCGACACAGGCGGAAGGUGCCACGAUCAAUGCGUUGAAACCUGAUUACGUCCCUCGUGUACUCAACCCGUACCAAAAGGUCAAGCACUGGCUCAUGAAGCGAGGAGCAACGGAUGCCCCUGAAAUCGCUUACAAACCGCAAAUGCGAUAUGCUUCGUACUUGGCGAGAGCGUUCGAUCAGUGGAAGAUCUACAACGAGGCUUUGGCAUCCCGAGAUACUGCUCUUCUCGACCAGGUUGCUGUCAAUCCUGCCAUCAAGCUUGGUCAUGUGCUCAUGUCAAGUAAUCGCAUUGUAGACUGGCAAGUAACCAAGGAAUUCGCAAAGCCCGAACUGCUCUGGAUGAGAUUAGCGUCCGAGGAUGAGCGUGGCGUGUCAGCGUAUUUUCAAGUCUGUGUACGAUUCGACACGGAACAGGUGAGUCAGACGACCAUUAUACAUGAUAUCUCAUGCCGUGCGCGUCAGACCAUUACGACAGUCGAAACCUCUGCCAGGCCCGAGCUGCCUGUCGCUCCUACCGCUGCUCCGGGCAAGCGAGUCCCCGAUUGGAAGCUUAGGGAAUACCGCGAUGCCAUGUUGAAGUACCAAUACCAACUCGCUACCGAUCUCCAUCAUCGACAACAGGGUGAUAUGGUGUUCCCCGAAGGAGUUGGUAUAAAGAGUCUCAAAUCGGUACAAGGUCUUCCUCGACACACCGAGACUAGUCGAGUGAUCGAUAAUGUCGUGUUCCAAUUCACGACAGCCGAAGCGUCUGGUCCUUGGAAAGUUCGCGAGAGGGUUCCUAGCUAUCCACCUCAUUACAUGAUGACUGAAGAGGCCUGGGAGGAGUUACAACGAAAGUCUUUGGAGACGGACGAAAAGAUGGGUGUACCUUCCACUUUGACCAUCCACCACGUCAACACUAGCGAGUGGAACAAGCGGCAGCGAUUGGAGGCGGAGCAAGGCUCACCAAGUGAUGAUCAAGCUAAGAGGAUCGGUGCAGGGGCUCAGUAGUCUUGUAAAGCAUUCAUAGGGCCUCCCAAAAGGACGUUGCAUGAGGACCGGUCGACAUAGAUUAGCCGCAUGAUAGAGGAAUAUCUUCCACUGAACAGUGGACAGAUCAAGCCACGCUGAUGCUAUGCAAUGGAUGAA